CCAGGAAUCACAGACAGUGUGGACUUUAGAAUGGACGAGAGAGAGAGUCAGCUGUGGUCCUCUGUUACACAAGGACUAAGUGGGAAUAAUAUGGGUCUUACUCUACAGGGAGAUGCUUACAGAUGUUCUCAUCUCAGGCAGAUCAAUAUCCCACUCCCAUCCCAUCCUUCCUGUAACUAUUUGUCCAUUGUAGGGAAACCACUGGAUGACAUAUUCAGCACUGUCCCACUGAAAGUGGAGCCUGUGGGGCAUCCUGUGUAUCAUGACGAUGCCAUGUCUGAGUCCAUACAUGUUGUGCAGGGGCAGUACAGAGAUACUCUGCAUCCUGUUGUGAGGAAGGGCUUGAUUUUACAUCCCAGAAUGCAGCAGCCAGGACCUUCUUCACAAGGGCUCUUGAGAGCAACUGAGAUUACAUCAGAUUCACACUCACACAACCAAGAGCAUAUUCUUAAUAAGAACAGAUUGAAAACCAAGAGGUUGGUAAAUGUUUGGAGAGCUAUACCAAACCAAAAAGUGUUCAUCUGCUCAUUGUGUGGAAAGACCUUCCACCGCCAUUGUCAACUUGAAGCACACCAGCACUCUCAUGCUGGAGUCAAGCCAUACAGAUGUCUUGAGUGUGGGAAAAGUUUUACUCAGAAAAAAAGACUUAAGUCACAUCAGAGUGUUCACACGGCUAGGUGUCCACUGUCCGAAGUCCGACUGUCAGAAAGAUGCUUCAAAAGCUUGUUUUGUUCCGGUUUCUCCGACCUGCUGCUAUACUCUCUGCAGCUCUACGUUGUGCCUCAUCGGGGACCGUGGACGUCAAAGUCCCGCUGAACUUCUGGUGCGGAGACAGAGUAAAGAUCAAGGAUGUGUCAACCACUGAGCCUGUUUACGAACCUGCAACUGGUCGGGUCCUGUGUGAGCUAGAGCUCUGUGGGUCUGUGGAGGUGAACCAGGCAGUGCAGGCAGCCCAGUCUGCCUACCAGGCCUGGAGCCGGAUGUCAGGGAUGGAGAGGGCACACAUCAUGAUAGAAGCUGCCCGUAUCAUUGAGAACAGGAGAGAGGACAUUGCGGAGAUCGAGGUGGUGAACAACGGGAAGUCCAUCACAGAAGCCCGAAUGGACGUGGACUCUGCCAGACUGUGUAUAGAGUAUUACGCUGGAGUGGCCAGCACUCUGGCAGGCCAGCAUAUCCAGCUACCCGGAGGCUCCUUUGCCUACACACGGCGGGAGCCUCUAGGCGUCUGUGUGGGGAUCGGUGCAUGGAACUACCCCUUUCAGAUAGCAGCCUGGAAGUCGGCCCCAGCCCUGGCCUGUGGCAACUCCAUGGUGUUCAAGCCUUCACCUGUGACUCCAGUGACGGCGGUGAUGCUGGCGGAGAUUUAUGCCAAGGCCGGGGCCCCAGAGGGGCUGUUCAACAUAGUUCAGGGUGGGCAGGAGACAGGCAACCUGCUCUGCCACCACCCGGACGUGGCUAAGGUCUCCUUCACCGGCAGUGUGCCCACAGGCAAGAAGAUUAUGGAGAUGUGCUCCAAGGGGGUAAAGCAAGUGACUCUGGAACUUGGUGGGAAGUCUCCUCUGCUCAUCUUUGAGGACAGUGACCUGGGGAACGCAGUGAAGGGGGCUCUCAUGGCCAACUUCCUAUCCCAGGGCCAGGUUUGCAGCAAUGGGACCCGGGUGUUUGUUCAGAGGCAGAUGUUGCCUGAGUUCCUAGAGGAGGUUGUGAGGAGGACCAAGGACAUUGAGAUAGGGGACCCACUAUUGGAGAGCACUCGUAUGGGAGCACUGGUCAGCCGGCCACACCUUGACAGAGUCCUGGGAUACGUCGAACAGGCCAGGAAAGAGGGUGCCAAGGUGUUGUGUGGAGGGGAACCAUUCGUUCCUUUAGAUCCCAAACUCAGAGGUGGAUACUACAUGACACCAUGUGUAUUGGGCGACUGCACGGACGACAUGACAUGUGUGAAGGAGGAGAUCUUUGGGCCUGUGAUGUCUGUGUUGUCCUUUGAAACAGAGGAGGAAGCUUUGCUGAGGGCCAACAACUCCGCCCUGGGCCUGGCUGCAGGGGUCUUCACCAGUGACGUCAAGCGAGCACACCGUGUAGUGGAACACCUGAAGGCUGGAUCCUGCUUCAUCAACAACUAUAACAUCACCCCUGUGGAGGUGCCCUUCGGAGGGUUCAAGAUGUCAGGCAUCGGGAGAGAAAACGGUCAGGUGACUGUAGAGCACUACACACAAAUGAAGACUGUGUUUGUGGAGAUGGGGGACGUUGACAGUCUCUUUUAAACGUCAAGCCAGACCAAUGGAGUCAUGCAACUCAGAGAUGUUCUGGGGGAUGAAAUACCAGCAUCCUGAGAUAGAAAAAGCGUCCUGAGACCUUUUUCUGUCUCAGAAAAAGGUCUCUGGUACGUAGAUAGUUGAAUGAAGGAUAUACAGUAAUAUUGCCAUCCAUCUCUGAUAGAGUUUAGCUUAGUUAGUUAUUCUCCAUUAAAAAAAAAAAUAGUGUGAUAAGAUCUCCGUUCUGAGCCAAAUGGAUAAAUCGAAAGCCAUGCCUUGAUAUUUUGUAACAAAAUAUUUAUUAAAUUGAUUCUCAUAACUAUGGAUGCCUAACAUUAAAAAGUACUUGACAUUA